AUGGAUCCAGUUAAUGUAUCAAAUUGCUUCCCCGAUGAUGUCCUCCCACCUGAAGGCGAGUUUCCCUCACGAAAGGACCUCGUCACCGCUAUCAACGCCUGGGCCCGAGAUCGAGGCUACGCCUUCGUAGUCAAGAACUCUUGGAAGACCCCCAGCGGAAGGACCGGGGUUAUCUACACUUGUGAUCGAGGCACAAAGCCUGCUUCAACAAUAAAGAUACGAAAGAGGAAUACUACAUCACGCUACACAGGAUGCCUCUUUUCUGUGAUAGCUAAAGAGGAACCCAGUAGGACUGCGUGGUCUCUGAAGUAUCGCCCUGAUUACAGUCAUCAUGUACACAACCACGAGCCGAGCAACGCUCUAGCACAUCCUACUCAUCGUCAGAUAUCAAGCCCGGAUAGAUUAAUAGUCAGGCAACUGGCGAAUGCAGGUGCAACACCAAAGGUUAUUACAUCACAUCUGAGGAAUACAACUGGAACACUUGCUACGCAGAAGGAUAUCUACAACUGCAUUGCACAAAGCAAGCGGGAGCUUGUUCAAGGUCAAAGUAACAUACAUGCCCUUACAACGCAGCUUAAAUCCGAGGGCUUCUGGAAUCGAAUACGCCUUGACGAUAGUAGAGUCACGGCAGUGUUAUUUGCACAUCCAAAGUCUCUUGAAUACCUCAAAUCCUAUCCUGAAGUGCUGAUACUAGAUUGCACAUACAAGACCAAUAAAUAUAACAUGCCACUCCUCAAUGCCAUUGGUGUUGAUGCUUGCCAACGGUCUUUCUGUAUUGCAUUUGCAUUCCUCAGUAGCGAGGAAGAAGCUGACUAUCAGUGGGUUCCUACACGGUUACGGUCUCUUUAUGAGGCCAUGACUAUAGACCUUCCUUCUAUAAUACUUACAGACCGAUGUCUUGCCUGUAUGAAUGCCGUAGCUUCUACCUUUCCUCAGUCAGUAUCGUUACUAUGCUUGUGGCAUAUCAACAAGGCAGUACUACGGCAUUGCAUGGAUGCAUUUACAAAGGACUCGAAAGAUCAUGAAGGGCAAGAGAAGUGGAAGGAGUUCUACUCCUUGUGGCAUGAUCUCGUUGCCUCUAGUAACGAAGAUAUAUACUAUCAGAAGCUUGGUGAAUUCAAGAAGAAGUAUCUACCUGACUACAUAAGUCAGAUUGGCUAUAUCACGGAGACCUGGCUAGAUCUCUACAAGGAUAGAUUCGUCAAGGCCUGGGUCGAUCAACACCUUCAUUUCAACCAAUUCGUCACAUCACGAUGCGAGGGUAUUCAUCAACUGAUCAAAUCAUAUCUCAAGACUUCCCAGCUUAACCUCUUUGAGGCAUGGAGACAUAUCAAGCUAGUUAUAAUGAAUCAGUUGGCUGAGCUUGAUAGCAAUCGGGCAAAACAGCAGGCUAGCUUUCCUUUGAAGCUAUCCGGGUCAAUAUACGGCAACAUCCGUGUAGCCGGGCUAUUAACAGUUGCUGCACAAAGUGAGGCUGAUACAUUGAGCUAUGAUGAUGCCCGUGCUAUCUAUCAACGCUACAAGGCAGAUCGAGAAGCGUGGUAUGCCGCACAACCUCAGGGGGCAUUGAAGACCAACCAACAGUACCGUAAAGCUAUGAAGCUGCCCCAGCGUUAUAGCAAGGCUGAAUAUGACUGGUGCCUCGAUUGGAAGCAAAUGGGUCGCCAAUGUAGGAUAGGAAGAAGUAUUCGAGAUUGGACUAAGGAAGAAAUGAUGAGCUAUCUUGACUUCGAUAAGGCUGAGACUGAACGGGUCAAUAGGAACGUUGAAAAGGAGCUAAAGGCACGGCCUUUUACGACUUAUCGUGGAUCUGAUUAUGUAUGGAAGGCGGCAGCCCGGGAUCAUGAGGAUCAGCAGCGGGUAUACCAACAUCGGAACCCCCAUAUCUAA